AGGGUGCGCGCGUGCGCGGGAAUCAGAGCUCCUCCAGACCCAGACCGCGCGGGCCGGCGCCGGGCGUGGGAGGCACGUUGAGCGGUUGGAUGGCACUGGGAGGAGCGCAGCAGAGCGCGGCUCUGGGGCUGACACUGCAGCUGCUGCUCGGCUUCGUGCUGGGCCUGGAGGCAGCCCCGACCCCGUCCCGGGCCCAGACCACAGGCUCACCCGCAAACUUCCAGUGCCGCAUCAGCGGCUACUAUGUGCCCCUCUCCUGGCAUUGCGAUGGUGACCCGGACUGCCCUGAUGGCAGCGAUGAGGAGGACUGCAAGACAGAGCUGUGCACCCAGGAUGGGCAGUGCUCACCGCCCAAGGGCAGCCUUUGCUCUUGUGACAGCAUCGAUGACUGCCCCGAUGGCAUCGACAAGAGCCUUCUCAACUGUGGCCGCCAGCCCUGCCCGGCAGGGGAGUUCCGCUGCCUGCUGGACAGCACCUGUAUCCUACACACCUGGCUCUGUGAUGGCCACCCAGACUGUCCUGACUCCAGUGAUGAGCUUGGCUGUGGAACUGAGACCCUCCAGGAAGGCAUGUCUGUGACCAUGGAGAGUGUCACCUAUUUCGGGAAUGCCACAGCCACCUUUGUCAGGAACCAGGACUCAGUCCAGUCUGGAAAUCGAAGUGCCUAUGGGGUUAUUGCAGCUGCUGUGGUGCUAAGUGCGGGUCUGGUUGCUGCCAUUCUGCUUGUGUUGUCCCGGCUCCUGUACCCGCCGGGGCUGCUGGUGGCCAUGAAGGAGCUCUCAGAGAAGAAGACCUCACCGCUCUGAGGAUGAGCUCUUGCCAUCAUGUUGCUGGGGCCCUGAGUGUGGCAGCCAUGGCGAGUGCAUGCGGCUGCUGGCACACCAGGCCUCAGAUAUGGGUUCUUCUGACCAUAGUACUGCAGACCUGAGUUCCUGUGGACUUGACCCUGGAGACCGGAUGUGCCUGACCCAGCCCCUGAAUGUGGGGAGCCUGGAUUGGAACAUGCCCCACGUGGGGUUGGCCCCAGGCCGCUCGAGGGUGGCCUGUGCGUAGACGUUGCUCCUGCCCUGCCCCGUCUGAGGGUGGUGAUUAAAGUUAUUUUGCAUUAUC